CACGCGAUAGGCCGCUCUCCUUCCAGCAUCACUCCCAAUGCCCCGCAUUUCUUACUUCCUUCGGUUCAACUCUGCCCCUUUGUCCGGCACACUUUGUUGCUCGUCAAGACGAUCCCUGGUUGCUCAAGCUGUCACCAGCCGGAGUAUCACCGCAAUCCACUCUCCCUUAUCAAGCAGGGCUUUCCGCCGACACCGACCGCAACCACCCCCAAGCUCCCGUCCGUAUCUCACCGAGUCAAUUCGCGCCCAUCAAGCCCGCAAAAUGGCGCCGCAACUCGACGAUUACUUCCAAAAGGUGGACGCCAUGUCCGAUGCCUUCAUCGAGCGGCUGCGCAAGGCUGUCGCCAUCCCCUCGGUCUCCUCCGAAGCGGCUCGCCGCCCGGAUGUUGUCCGCAUGGGCCACUUCCUCGCCGACGAGCUGACCAAGCUCGGCGCCCACGUCGAGUUGCGCGCCCUGGGCAAGCAGCACGGGACCGACCUCGACCUCCCCCCCGUCGUGCUUGCCCGCUACGGCAACGACAAGAACAAGCGCACCAUUCUGGUCUAUGGCCACUAUGAUGUCCAGCCCGCCGAAAAGAGUGAUGGCUGGGAUACCGAGCCGUUCGAGUUGACGGUAAAAGAGGAUGGACGCAUGUGCGGUCGUGGCUCGACCGACGACAAGGGCCCCGUGCUGGGCUGGCUGAAUGCCAUCGAGGCGCACAAGGCCGCUGGCAUCGAUUUCCCCGUCAACCUGCUGAUGUGCUUUGAGGGAAUGGAGGAGUACGGCUCGGACGGCCUUGAUGACCUCGUCUUCGCUGAGGGCAAGAAGUUCUUCGCCGAUGCGGAUGCAGUCUGCAUUAGCGACAAUUACUGGCUUGGCACCGAGCGCCCUUGCCUGACAUACGGUCUACGGGGGUGCAACUACUACAGUGUCGAGGUGUCCGGGCCGGCCGCGGACUUGCACAGCGGAGUGUUUGGUGGCACCGCACAGGAGCCCAUGACCGAUCUGGUGCGCAUCCUGGCAUCGCUGGUGGACACCGACGGCAAGAUCCUUAUCCCGGGCAUCGCCGAGCAAGUCGCCCCUGUGACUGCGGAGGAGGAGGGUCUCUACGAUAGCAUCGCCUUCACGAUGGAGACUCUGCACGAGUCUUUGGGAAGCAAGACGACGAUCUUCAACGAUAAGAAGCCUACACUCAUGGCUCGGUGGCGGUAUCCGUCCCUCUCGGUGCACGGCAUCGAGGGUGCCUUCUCCGCCCCUGGCGCCAAGACCGUUAUUCCUGCGAAGGUCAUUGGCAAGUUCUCCAUCCGGACAGUUCCCAACAUGGACAUCGACAAGACCAACGAGGCUGUGUACCGCUACGUUGAGGAUGUCUUCAAGAAGCUCAACUCCAAAAACACUAUGAAGGUGUAUGCCCAGCACACGGGCAAGUGGUGGGUUGCUAGCCCCAACCACUGGAACUUCACGGCGGCGGCCAAGGCGACGGAGCGUGUCUGGGGCGUCAAGCCCGAUCUGACCCGCGAGGGCGGCAGCAUCCCGGUGACGCUCACCUUCGAGCAGGCCACUGGCAAGAAUGUAUUGCUCCUGCCCAUGGGAAGCUCGACGGACGGUGCGCACUCGAUUAAUGAGAAACUGGACAAGCGGAAUUACAUUGAGGGCAUCAAGCUUUUAGGUGCAUAUUUACACUACGUUGCCGAGGAGCCCAUGAACUAAUACGCCCGGGGUAAUCCCGUUGUACAAGCUUCAUGCUGCACCUGUAUAUUCGCGACUGGCGCAUUCGGGUAUGAGGCGGCGUUGAUGUUGGAGGCAGCGGAUCAUAGGGCUACCUUAUUGAUGGAGCGACAUGGGGUUGUAGCAGCGACCGGACGCAGCGUACGAAAAACACCUAAGCGGAUUUACUUCGAUACGAUUGCUCUCGGAUUUGGGUGACCCUAGAUAUAUCAUAUCUAAAGCUUCUAUCCGUAUUCUCAGGG